CUUUGACGUAUAUCAAUUUUUUCAUCGUGAAAAUUUCUUGUAACUUAUGACUUGUUAUAUAAGAGGCAUAUAAAAAUUUAAUUGAAAUAAUGACAUUAGAACUUCAAAUAGAAUUAUGACUUUUAUGAAAAUAUAAUCUAAAUUGAAAGUUAUGCCGUCUAAUCCUGAUUGUCCUGUUGCAGCUCAAUGCAUUGCGAUAAAAUUUAAAUAUAAUGAAAACCAACAACUUGAAUCAUCUCCACCACAAACGUCUCACAGUUCUCUGACAUCAAAUGACGAAUCUUGUCGAUGUAAGGUCCUCAAGGAUCAAUCUGCGCAAGCCAAUGAUAUAAAUCUAUCAGACACUUUUUGGGAUAGUCUCAUCACUUUCAUGCAAGAAAGUUGUAAAGUUAUGGAAAAAUUCAAACCGGAGGGACUAACAUCUGCCCAAAAGGAUGCUAAAAUGAAAGAAUUGCUCAGAAAAAUAGAAGAAAAAGAGAACGAGAUAAAACAACUGGGAGCAGAAUUUAGAGAACUAGUUCCUCCAAAACAGCAGUGUCCUUCGAAGCAAGGAAAUUUUUGUCCUGUUACACAAGGAGGCGAAUGUCCAGAACCUAAUUGCGAUAAUUACGAUGAAGAUUUUUAUGAUUUCAACGCGACGACUCCAACUCCAUAUCAAAUCAAUCAAAAUUAUUCACAAUAUCCCUCAGCUCCUAUGUAUCCACCGAACGUUCAAUCUUUAUAUAGUAGAGGCCAGCCUGAGCAACAAUAUACCCAAUUAUUCGAAAAUUGUGAUGGAAUGUGUCAAAAGCCUUGUCAAAGUAAUUGUCCGAAUGUGUGCAAUCAAAGGCAACAACCGUGGAAGCAAUAUCAAAAUAUGACUCUAUGAUGAUUUAGUUGUUUCAAUUUUUUUCAAUUGAGCCUAAUUUUUUCCAAAUAAAUGUUUUUACACCAUAAUAA